AUGGCAGCCUCCAUUCAAGAUCGCACCGACGAGUUUCGCUCCAUUUUACACCAGGCCCAGCGCCGCCUCGCCUCGUCCAAGGUCGGCGCUCAGCGGCAGUCGCUGCUGACGGCCUCGCAGCGCGCUGAAGCGGCCAAUGGCACUCCGACGCGCGGACAGCGCUCUGAAUUUGCGCGCAAGGCGGCGGACAUUGGGCGCGGCAUCUCAGGAUCCAUGGCCAAGCUGGAACGUCUGGCCCAGCUAGCACGGCGCAAGACGCUGUUCGACGACCGUCCUGUCGAGAUCGCCGAGUUGACCUACGUUAUCAAACAAGAUCUAGCGCAGCUUAACGGCAGUAUCAAGCAGCUACAGGGAAUAUCAGCCGCGCAGCACCCGCGCGCCCAGCAGCAGGCCGACCAGGAGGGCGAGCACAAUAAGAAUGUUCUGCUGCUACUACAAGGUCGUGUCGCCGACGUCGGCCUCUCGUUCAAGGAGGUCCUCGAGCUGCGCACCAAAAACAUACAAGCCUCCAAAUCGCGGACCGAGAACUUCGUUUCGUCCGUCUCGGCUUCAGCCCAGCAGCAGCACGCCGCACUCGCUGAGCCCGGCCGCUCCGAUUCACCCCUCUACCAGCCGCCUCAGCGCGGCCGCAGUCCUAAACCGCCUGCAUACAACACGACAAAUGCCGCGCAGCAGGACCUUCUCACGCUUGAGCCUAACGGUUCCGGUUCCUCGGCUCUCAUAGGUGGAUCCCGCGGCGGCCACAUGUCGGACCAGCAGCUGUUGAUGAUGGAGGAGGCCCAGGCCCAACCAACCAACACGUAUAUCAACCAGCGCGGUGAAGCCAUUGUAGCUAUCGAACAAACCAUCUCCGAGUUAGGCGGUAUCUUUGGCCAGCUGGCGCAGAUGGUCUCAGAGCAGAGCGAGAUGAUCCAGCGCAUUGAUGCAAAUACCGAGGACGUGGUUGAUAACGUCCAGGGCGCCCAGCGCGAGCUAAUGAAGUACUGGGGUCGCAUGAGCGGCAACCGCUGGCUCGUCGCUAAGAUGUUCGGCAUACUAAUGAUUUUCUUCCUCCUCUGGGUUCUCAUCGCGGGCUAG